CCAGCAUGGCGCAUCAAGUGCAAGGCAAGAUGGACCUCGAGGAGCGCGUCUCCUACAUCCAGUCCAACACGCACGAGAAGGACGCCAACGGCGCCGGGUACGCUGAUGCCAAGACGCCCGGUGAGCUCGAAGACGGCGCGUUGGUUGAAGGUGGUGCGCUGCACCUCUUUUCGCGCGAGGCGUUUGGUCUCUUUUCGCAGUACGGUGCGAUCGGCGUCAUCUACGGCAUGAUCCCGACCUUGGUCUACCCGCUCUACACGGUGUACCUCGGCAUGGAAGGCUACCAGACCGCGUCCUACGGCGUGCUCGUCACGACGGGCUGGUCGUUCAAGGUCUUCUUUGGCAUGCUCUCGGACUGCGUGCCCAUCAUGGGCUACCGCCGCAAGUCGUGGAUGCUCAUUGGCUGGACCAUCACGAUGAUCUGUCUUGCGGUCAUGACGUUCACGCCGUUCGGCAAGCCGUACUGCGACCGCCGCUUGACGACCAACCCCAAGACUACUUUGACGUCGACGCGCCCAACCGCGGCACGCUCUUCAUCAUGA